CACGGUUCCGUGGUAGGACGCGAAAGGCGUGAGGACGGUGAACGUCGAUUCCGGGGAGCGGGAGACGUUGAAGAGCCACGCUAUUUAGCGAAAAAAUAAGUGGCGUUGAAGGAACGAAACUAGAUGACGAAUUUCUUGACAUGGAGAGGCAGUGAAAAGCAGGGAAAUAUCUAACAUGUGACCAGAAGUUUUAAGGACUUUCUGGAAGAGAUGAGUUAGAUGGUAUCAGAUCCACCUAAAACAUGACAUGGAAAUGACAAAGGAAUGGAGAUAUUUCUUGACAAAUCCUAAGCACACAGAAGUAGAGGACGAAUAGUAAUGUCAAGAAAAUAGAUGUUACCAAUAAAGCUGUUGCAGAAAUUCUUUCGAAAGCCACAGAGUAUCUUCAGCCAAAUCCAGCAUACAGAGCUAAGCUAGGGAUGCUGAACACUGUGUCGAAGAUCCGAGGACAGGUGAAGACCACCGGGUACCCGCAGACGGAAGGCUUGCUGGGCGACUGUAUGCUCAAGUACGGGAGGGAGCUCGGGGAAGGCUCCACCUUCGGUAGUGCAUUAAUAGAAGUUGGUGAAUCCAUGAAGCUAAUGGCUGAGGUGAAAGACUCUCUUGACAUUAACGUAAAGCAAACUUUUAUUGAUCCACUUCAGUUACUACAAGACAAAGAUUUAAAAGAGAUUGGGCACCACCUGAAAAAGCUGGAAGGCCGCCGCCUGGAUUAUGAUUAUAAAAAGAAGCGAGUAGGUAAGAUACCAGACGAAGAAGUCAGACAAGCGGUAGAAAAAUUUGAAGAGUCAAAGGAGUUGGCUGAAAGAAGCAUGUUUAAUUUUUUAGAAAAUGAUGUAGAACAGGUCAGCCAGUUGGCUGUGUUUAUAGAGGCGGCUUUAGACUAUCACAAACAGUCCACAGAGAUUCUGCAGGAGCUACAGAGCAAGCUACAGAUGCGAAUAUCGGCCGCAUCCAGCGUUCCCAGACGAGAAUAUAAGCCCCGGCCCAUAAAAAGGAGUCCUAGUGAACUCAAUGGGGUGUCCACCACCUCGUCAGCGAGGACAACAGGUUCUAACGUUCCCAUGGACCAGCCCUGCUGUCGUGGUCUCUAUGAUUUUGAGCCAGAGAACCAAGGAGAACUAGGAUUUAAAGAAGGAGACAUCAUUACGUUAACCAAUCAGAUAGAUGAAAACUGGUAUGAGGGAAUGCUCCGCGGGGAAUCUGGAUUCUUCCCCAUUAAUUAUGUUGAAGUGAUCGUGCCUUUACCUCAGUAAAUGUGUAACUCAAACUUUGGACCUUCUUUCAUAACUGAAAUGAAUUCACUCACACCAGUGUUCUCUCCGUGUGGCGUUCUGUGACAUCCUUGCUCUUUGACCCACUUAAUGACUUUUGUAUGUGUGUUCUCUUUAUAAUGUAUUUUGUAUCAAUUUAAUUUGUAUAAAUGAUUUUCUUGUCUUAGCUACAUGACAAUAUACUUUCCUUUUUCGCUUCGUGUUCUAAAAGUCUUCGGUUGAAUAAAUGUCCGUGCUUCUCGUUGCUAAGAAUAAACCACACCCAUCGCAGUUA